AUGGCUCAGAGGACUGAGAAAGAAGAGACGGAAUUCAAGGCUGUACCUGAAACCUUGACUCUCUGCAUCAAUAACUGCGGCGUCGUUGGAAAUCCGGCGACAAACAAUAUGUGUCAAAAGUGCUUUAACGCCACCACAACCUCCAGUUCAACCACGUCAACGCAACGAAGUACUCGUGGUAGAUCUGGCUCCUUGAGGUCUCCGACGAGGUCAACGUCUCGCGAUGUAUCGGUUGAUCUGGUUGUAGAUCGGACGGUUUUGAUGGUUGAUGAACAACCAAAGGAGAAAACGACGGCUAAGGUUGUAAAUCGGUGCUCCGGUUGCCGGAAGAGGGUAGGUUUGACCGGAUUCCGGUGCCGUUGUGGCGAUCUAUUCUGCGCGGAGCACCGCUACUCCGACCGUCAUGACUGCACCUAUGAUUAUAAGACCGCCGGUCGGGAGGCGAUCGCGAGGGACAAUCCGGUGGUCAAAGCGGCAAAAAUUGUUAGAAUUUAA